AUGAUGGAGAUGAUGAUGAUGAUGAUGAUGGAGAUGAUGGAGAUGAUGAUGAUGGAGAUGGUGGAGAUGAUGAUGAUGAUGAUGGAGAUGAUGGAGAUGAUGGAGAUGAUGGAGAUGAUGGAGAUGGUGGAUGAUGAUGAUGAUGAUGGAGAUGAUGGAGAUGAUGGAGAUGAUGGAGAUGAUGGAGAUGAUGGAGAUGAUGGAGAUGAUGAUGAUGAUGAUGGAGAUGAUGAUGAUGAUGAUGACGGAGACGAUGGAGGAGAAGACGGUGGUGCUGGUGCUGGUGCUGGUGCUGGUGCUGGUGCUGGUGCUGGUGCUGGUGCUGGUCGAGAAAGUCUGCAGUCUCCUUACCAGAGCUCACCAAGAUGCGAUCAUCCGGACGGGAGAGCGACCAAGAGGAGCGAGGACAAGUUUGUGAAUGAGUCCUUGGACUCUGCCGCCUCCCUCGACUUGCAGCCCCUAGCUCAGUCUGACCUCAGCUCAGCUGCGAGGGAUGGCAAGCGCGUUGGCAGGAGCGUUGGGAGGGAGGUUGUUGGUGGAGGCAAGGUCGAGAGCUUGUCGCAACAUGAAGAAAAGGAAAGCAUCUCGUCUCCUCUCAGCCUUCGCCAACCCUUUGAACUUUCCAACAAGGAGAAGGCAAAGGUGAAGGAGGAGCAGGAGGAGGAGAAGGCGAAAAGCGCUGUCAAGGAGGCUGAUGCGCGUGCCGAGCAAGGGGUAGAUUCCAAGGACAGCAGAGCCGCUCAUGGCAAGGUCGUUACAUUCAAGAAACCUUCCAUGUCAGAGGAGAGUAGCGGCAACGAAUCCAGCAAUGGGGAAGAAGAAGAAAGUGAAGGAAGGGAGAGAGGAAGACCUGCGAAGAGUGGGUCUCCUGUGCUGAAGAAGCCAGCAGGAAAGCAAGAGGAAGCGUCGUCCGGGUCUGCAAGUGACGCAGAGGCAGGGCAGGAGAAGCAGGAGAAGGAUGGCAGCAAGGAGUUGAAGGAGAUGGCAGAAGAGCACGGGGGGGAACACGAUGGUGCGUUAGACAAGCAGGUUGAGGGAGAGGAAUCGAGGCAGAUGCCAAGCGUGCGAGACUUGACGCAAGCGAAGCCCAGAAGCGAUGAAGGCGAUGAGCUGAAAAAUGUGAAGGAGACUGAGAAGAAUGAGGAAUCAGGAACCAUGGAGGUUCACAACGACGAGGCGAAGGCAGAAGACGUGAAUGAAGAGGCGAGGGCGGAGAAGGAGGAGAAAAAUAUUGAACAAACGACUGAUACAGCGAAAACGACACAGGAAGCUCCAUCUGAUGCAACAGGCGAAUGGGAGAACAAAGAACAACCAAUAAGCACAGAUGACAACGAAGAUCAACCCGAGUCAAAAGAAAUCCUCAACAACAUCCAAGACAAACCACCAAACGGAAACCAAACAAAAACGGAAAAUGAAAACAAAAAGAAGCCGGAGACGGGGGCAGAGGAGGACGGGAAGGAGGCGAAGGCGGAGGCGGGGGCAGAGGAGGACGGGAAGGAGGCGAAGGCGGAGGCGGGGGCAGAGGAGGACGGGAAGGAGGCGGGGGCAGAGGAGGACGGGAAGGAGGCGAAGGCGUAA